AAAAAGAAAAAAGCUUCUUAUAUAUUCUCUGCUCUUUUGUUUGAUACAGAACAGGAAUUACCUUGAACAUCUCACCUUAUUCUCUUGAUAUUAGCUACUGCAGAUUGUUCCUAAUAGCUACUUGAGUUGAGCAUUCACUGAAAGUGCUGAAAAUAAGGGCAAGGAGGAAUCUCAUCAAACAUACAGCGUCUAGUCCAAGAAUUGACCUCCUUAGCUAAGAUCUCGAAGAUUGUUCCUAAUAGCUACUUGAGUUGAGCAUUCACUGCUGAAAAUAAGUGAUACAAGGAGGAAUCUCAUCAAACAUACAGUAUCGAGUCCAAGAAUUGGCCACCUUAACUAAGAUGGGGAGUUUCUUGCUUGACUUGGCGAAACCAUAUGUGGAGCAAUUGGUAAAUAAGGUGAUUGCAGAAUCAAGGUAUAUUUGUUGCUUCACAUGCAUUGCUAAGGAUUUCGAAGAAGAAAAAGUUAGAUUAGAAGUAGAAAGGGCAACUUUUGAGCGACACAUUGAAGAGGCAACAAGAGGAGGGGAAGUUAUUCUACCUGAUGCUCGUGCUUGGAAAGAAGAAGUUGAUCAGCUCAUUCAAGAAGAUACCAAAAAAAGACAAAAAUGUUUUUUUGAAUCCUGUCCUCAUUGCUUAUGGAGAUAUACUAGAGGAAAAUUUCUUGUAAAUAAGAAGGAGCGAAUUAAAAUAUUGAUGGCAACAAGAAAGGAACUUACAAUUGGACUCCCUGCUCAUCUUCCUGAUAUUGAACGAUACACGACCCAACACUAUGUGCAUCUUAAAAGCAGAGAAACUCAAUACACAGAGCUUUUGGCUGAACUCAAAGAUGACAACAAUUAUAUAAUUGGGUUGCAUGGAAUGGGGGGUACAGGUAAAACUACAUUGAUCAAGAAAGUGGGUAAGGAACUUAAGGAAUUAAAACAAUUUACUCUGGUCAUUGUUACGACAGUGUCAUCAUCUCCCAAUAUUAAAAAGAUUCAAGAUGAUAUUGCCAAGCCUUUGGGAUUGAAAUUUGAUAACUGCAAUGAUACAGAUCGACCUGAAAAACUAUGGAACAGAUUAACCAAUGGUGAGAAGAUUCUUCUAAUAUUGGAUGAUGUGUGGGACAAACUCAAUUUUGAAGAAAUUGGAAUUCCGUCUAGUGACAAUCACAAAGGUUGUAGGGUUAUUAUAACCACACGCAGUCAGUUGGUGUGCCACAAAUUAGGGUGCAAUAAGAUAAUCCAACUAAAUCUCAUAUCUAAAGAAGAUGCAUGGAUCAUGUUCAAAAAGUAUGCCGAUCUAUGUGAAACCACCUCAACGCAAUUUUUUCUUGACAGGGGCCGUAAAAUUGCAAAUGAAUGCAAAAACCUACCUAUUGCAAUUGUUGUUAUCGCUAGUAGUUUGAAGGGCAAAAAACUUCAGCAACAUCGAGAGGAAUGGGACAUGGCCUUAAAAUUCUUAAAAAAAGACAUCUCAAGGCACAAGGAUGAUGAUGACGUUCUUGAAAUUUAUAAAUGCUUGAAGUUUAGCUAUGAUAAGUUGGAUGAAGAGGCCAAGAAUCUAUUCCUUUUGUGUUCUGUAUUUCGAGAAGAUGAAGAAAUUCUAAUUGAAAGUUUAGCUAGACAUGCCAUCGGAGGAGGCCUUUUUGGGGAAGUUUAUGGCAGCUACGAAGAAACCCGAAGACAAUUAGUUAUAUCCAAAAACAAACUCCUAGAUUCUUGUUUAUUGUUGGAGGCCGGUCAAAGGAGAGUGAAAAUGCACGACUUCGUUCGUGAUGCAGCCCAAUGGAUAGCGAACAAAGAGAUUCAAACAAGAAAAGUGUAUGACAAAAAUCAAAAGGAAAUGAUUGAAGAGGAGAAAAAUCUUAAAUAUUUGUUAUGCGUAAGCGAUGUAAAGGAGAUCUUUUCUUGUAAGUUUGAUGGUUCCAAGAUUAAGAUUCUAAUUGUCAUCAUGCAUAUGCCUUUUCAUGGAGAAAUUGAAGUCCCAAAUUCAUUUUUUGAAAAUAAUACCAGCCUUCGAGUUUUUAAUUUACGUAGUGGUCUUGGUUGCGCAGCUAUUAUAUCAUUACCUCAAUCAAUGCAACAAUUGAAGAAUAUCCGAUCUCUUAUGUUUGCACAGUGUCUUUUGGGUGACAUCUCUAUCUUUGGAAAGCUGCAAAGUCUUGAAGAACUUGAUUUGUAUCUAUGUGAAAUUAAUGAAUUGCCUAAUGAAAUUGCAGAACUAAAGAAAUUUAGAUUUUUGAAAUUGGAAUGGUGUACAUUUGGUGGGAAUAAUCCAUUUGAAGUGAUUAAAAGAUGCUCAUCACUUCAAGAGUUGGUCGUAAAAUAUAAUUACGAUAUUCAUGGAGAAAUAACUUUCCCUAAAUUGCAGUGGUUUCAUGUAAGUGAUGAAGAUACAACUUAUUCUUCACUGUCAAAGUAUGUGUCUAUGAUAUAUUCGGAUAAUAAGGUUUUCCUAUCUGAAACAACACUCAAACAUUGUAUGCAAGAAGCAGAGGUUCUUAGACUAACAAGUAUUAAGGGGGAAUGGAGAAAUAUCAUACCUGAUAUUGUUCAUAUGGAUCACGGUAUGAAUAAUCUUGUUGAGCUUGACUUACAUUCCACUUCACAACUAAAGUUCCUUAUUUACACUAAGGAUCCUCAUUCUCAAAUAUCAAAUGUUUUCUCCAAGUUGGUUCGACUAGUUCUGAAUGAUAUGGACAGUUUGGAAGAAUUGUGCAAGGGUUCUUUUUCUGCUGACUCUUUUAAGAGUUUAGAGAGUCUAUCUAUAUUUAAUUGCAAACAGUUGCGAAGCUUAUCAAGGAUUGCAAACCAAUGCAAUUUAAAGAGUGUGUCAUUGAUGAAUUGUCCCAUGUUGAGCUCCUUAUUUGAAGUGUCAACUUCUCAUAAUCUAGUGUUGUUGGAGAUAUUGAUAGUAAUUGAUUGUCAGAAUCUUGAAUACUUAAUAAAAGAUGAAAGAAAAGGGGAAACAUUUGAAAGCAACAGUAGCAAUCCAAUGUUUAUGAAAUUGAAAGAUCUCAUAAUUGCGGGCUGUCCAAAAUUUGAAAUAAUAUUUCCGCUUAUCUCUGCUCAUGAUCUUCCUGCACUAAAAUCUGUAGGGGUGGAAAGAUGUGAUAAGUUGAAAUACAUAUUUGGUCAAUAUGUCAAACUUGGGUCCCUAGAAGAUAUGAAGCUUGGCUGUGUACCCAAUUUUAUUGACAUUUUUCCAGAAUGUAAUCGUACAAUGUCUUUCUCCAUUAACAGGUCAUCUCCUAUUUCAAUAUCUGCUUCCAAGCCAACUACACACUCAAACACUAUCAAAUGGAGCAUCUUGUCAUGGACUGAUAUGUAUUGUUGUGGUAAAAAAUUGAGGAGUACCACAAGUUCUAAACUUCCAUUGAUUGAUGAGAAUCAACCGCACACUAAAGUAAUGGAAUCAAACUCAAAUUGUCUUAGCAUAAACAUAUGGGAGCGUGCUCAAUGUCUUUCAAGACAAUCAAAGAUCAUGUGCAAUAUUAAAAAGAUUGAGUUGAGUAAUUUGAAGAAGAUAAAAUCAGUAUUUGUCCUAUCUAUUACUCCAAAAAUGUUAUUGGAAACUUUGAUACUUGAAAAAUGUCAUGAAUUGAAGCACAUCAUAAUAGACACGGGAGAUCACGAUAGUACAGGUGGAAAUACCCUUGGCAAUGUGUUCCCAAAAUUAAAAGAGCUUACCAUUAAGGAUUGCAUGCAAUUAGAGUACAUAUUUGGACACUACACUAAUGAUCAUCAAAACCACACUGAAUAUCAUCUUCAUCUUUCGUCAUUGGAACGUGUCUAUCUUUGGGAGCUGCAAAGCUUAGUUGCCAUUUGCCCCAAACAAUAUCAUAUAACAUUGCCAGUUUUGAAUCAACUUGUACUCAAAUAUUGCUCGUGGGAUGCUAAUAUAAAGUCUUUUGGUACAAUCAUGAAGGAUUUGCUUGCUUUGGAAGACCUUGUGUUAACUAACUCCAAAAUAGAAAGUAUAUUUUGUGUCAAUGAAGUAAAUGAACAACAAGUGAACAUAGGAUUGCAAAAUAUUGAGUUGGAAAAUUUGAAUGUGAUGGUGUGUCCUUUUGUGGGUCCCAAAAAUUCUUUUUUCCUCCCGAAUCUAACAAAGAUGAGAAUUAUUGGAUGUGAAAAAUUGCAAAUAAUUUUCCCUGCUUCUAUAUUAAGAUACCUACCACAAUUGGAUGAGUUAAUGAUAGGUGACUGUGAGGAGUUGCAACAUAUCUUCCAAGAUGAUUUGGAGAAUCAAAACAUGUCGUCUUCAACAACAUGCUUCCCAAAGCUAAAAGCACUUUCUGUAAAAAAAUGCAAUAAAUUGAAAUAUGUGUUUCCAGUCUCUAUUUGUAACCAACUUCCUGAGUUAAGGGUUCUAAUCAUAACAAAAGCAAAAGAGUUAAAGGAAAUAUUUAAAAGUAGUCAAGGUGAUGGAAUUGAGAUUGUCAGGAUUCCAAAUUUGUAUUUUGUAGCAACUGUGGGUCUACCAAGCCUCUUCCAGACACAGGAAAUUCAAUUUCAGAGAGCUGAAUAUCGUUUAAUAAAGAAUUGUGAUAAACUCUCUUUGACUUCAACAACAAGAAUACCCCACUUCUGGAGUUUUUCUCAUGAUAUUCCAGAUUUUGAAAGGAAUUCUUAUUUGUACAAUCGAAUUCAAGAGUUAGUUACUGAGAUUGAAGUUGAAGCAGCAUCAAAAAAUAAGUGGACUUCUCCACAGUUGAAAGUAAAACAAACACAAAAGACAGACAAAGAACUUGUUGAAAAUGUUGCUGGUCAAGUGACACCAUUAGUAGCAAAACUACCAACAAAUUCAGAAGCACCGAGGAAUGAACAAUCAGUUGAUCAACAAAGUCCACUUGAAGAAACUGAUGCUACUGUCACACCUUCACACGUAAAUAAAUUGGAGGGUUCAAUGUCUGAAAAAGCUGUAGGAACAAAGAAUGUGUCACCUAAACAAAAGGAGUUGUUAAAUGAACAAUCAACAACCCAAGGAGAAUCUCAUGCUACAAUUAAACCUUCUCAGGAAAACAAUGGUUCAAGGUCAGAAAAAAUAGCAGCAGCCAAUUUGUCCACCAAUUCAGGAACAAAGAAUGAGUCACCUAUACAAAAGGGUGUCAAGAUAAGUGUUGAACAAGGAGCUACAUCAACCAAUUCCAUAGAAAUAACAUCAUCAGGUCCAACAGUUACUUCUGAGCAUAAUAGUUUAUCACAGGCACCAAUUAAUGAACGAACAAUGGAUCAACAAACUUCACUUGAAGAAACUGAUGCUACUGUCACACCUUCACAGGAGUUGAUAAAUGAACAAUCAACGACCCAACAACAAUCACGUGGAGAAUCUCAAGCAACAAUUAAACCUUCUAAGGGAAACAAUGGUUCAUCGUCAGAAAAAAUAGCAGCAGCAACUUUAUCCCCCAUCUCUGAAACAAAGAAUGAGUCACCUAAACAAAAGAAGGAUAUCAAAAUAAGUGUUGAAGGAGGAGCUGCAUCAACUAAUGUUAAGACAUUAGCAGCAUCAACUUCUAAGCGUGAAAAACUUUCUCAUGAAUAUGGUAAUGGCCAAACAGCCAUUCAAUCUUUUUCAAUUUCCACAAAAGAGCCACUUGCUAUGGAUGUUGUUGAUCAUGGAGGCCCACUGCAAACAAAUCAGAUUAAAAAUCUAGGGGACACUUCUCAAAUAGUAGAAGAUUCAGGUUCUUCUUUAUUUGUCAGGAGGGAGCUUGAGCAACUAGUCUCUGAGAAUCAUUUGAAUUAUGAAACCUUGUCUCUAUUGACAGAUUUCUUUGUGAAGCAUCCUUCUAUUCUUUUAAAGGAUGCUUUACUGACUAAUAGAUUCAAGGGUUAUGCCUACACUUGCCUUGCAGAUUUGUUGAAAUUCCUCCUAACACAUAGUGUGUUGGAUGUCUUAGGUUCAAGUCAUUCUGAAUUUGUUAACUUAUUACAAGUUAUGCGCAAUUUUCCUUUUAACAACGAUUGGUUGGAUGGUGUUGAAAAACGCGCUUUAUUUCCUGAUUUACAAUUCUCUCAAGAUGCGAUGCAAAAACUAUUGGAUUCUAAGAAACAAGUUACCAAGGAAGUCGAAGAGAUGCGUUUGAAGUUGUAUUUUGUCAAUCAACAUGCAGAAGAUAUCAAGCAUCAAUUGAGAUCCUCCGAAGCUGUAUUGGCGAGUAUCAUUAAACAAGAGGAACAGGUUUUAGAAACUACAGCAGCUUUAAGUGUUCCUCUUGGCUAUUAGUCUAUAUUUUGUUGUUGGAGCUUUUAUACUUGAAUGAAGUUUAUUCUUUGUGUAAUUUCAUCGUUUCUCAUUUUAGUAUUUUAAAAUUGUUCCUAAUUGUUGUAUUUAAGUUGAUGUAGUAUCUCCCUUUACAUCAAAACUCGGCUCUUACUGAAUAAAUUCUGUUACAU